AGAAGCUUCUGGAGAACACAUGUGUGUCGUAUAAAUUUUUAAUUAGCAAAAAGGUGACAGAAAGAAACGUGGUCUUUUUUUGAAGUUCAAGCUAGAAAGGUGCAAUUAGAUCUGAAGACAGACUCAAACAGAAUGAAGACAACACGACCCACAGAAAAUGUUCCUCCAAAAAAGAAAAGGAAGCUUUUACAAAUAACCAAGAAACUGGUAAGCGCAGAGGAAACAUCAGUUUCUGAGGAGAAACAAAAAUUGAAGAUGACUGAGGAGCUUUCCAAUGACAGUGCAACUACAUGUGAAAAUACACCUGGCACAACCUUGGGUUUACAAGUAGUAUUUGACAAGAGCUUCUCAGUAUUGAAUGAAAAAGUAUGUGAGAACACACUCAAGGCGAUCAACGACAUGAGCUUUACAGAAAUGACAGAGAUACAGGCGAAAUCCAUCCCACAUCUUCUCGAAGGGAGAGAUCUGGUGGGCUCUGCUAAAACCGGAUCUGGAAAAACUCUGGCCUUCCUGAUUCCUGCAGUCGAGCUCAUUUACAAACUGAAGUUUAUGCCACGUAAUGGUACUGGUUGCAUCAUUAUAUCCCCUACGAGAGAAUUGUCCAUGCAAACGUUCGGAGUUUUGAAGGAACUCAUGAAGUAUCAUCAUCAUACAUAUGGUCUGGUCAUGGGCGGUGCCAGCAGGCAGACAGAGGCGCAGAAGCUCGCGAAAGGAGUGAACAUCAUCGUGGCUACGCCAGGACGACUGUUGGAUCACCUGCAGAAUACCCCGGAUUUCAUGUACAAAAAUCUGCAGUGUCUGGUCAUCGACGAGACUGAUCGAAUCUUGGACAUUGGUUUCGAGGAGGAGAUGAAGCAGAUUAUUAACAUACUUCCGAAACGAAGACAGACUAUGCUCUUCAGCGCGACGCAGACAGAGAAGGUAGCCAUGUUGACGAAGUUAGCCAUUAAGAAGGAGCCUAUAUACGUGGGAGUGGAUGACCACAAAGAUGAAGCGACCGUAGAGGGCUUGGAGCAAGGUUACCUAGUGUGUCCGAGCGACAAGCGAUUCCUGCUGCUGUUCACAUUCCUAAAAAAAAACAAAAAGAAGAAGAUAAUGGUGUUCUUCAGUUCCUGCAUGUCUGUCAAGUAUCAUCAUGAACUUCUCAACUACAUUGAUCUACCAGUAAUGAGUAUACAUGGUAGGCAGAAGCAGGUGAAGAGAACAAACACCUUCUACCAAUUCUGCAGAGCGGAUACUGGGAUUCUGCUUUGCACUGACGUGGCCGCCAGAGGCCUGGACAUACCUAACGUCGACUGGAUCGUGCAAUAUGAUCCGCCGGAUGAUCCUAAAGAAUACAUUCAUCGUGUGGGAAGAACGGCUCGCGCGGGAAGCACAGGUAACGCUUUGUUACUUUUGCGGCCGGAGGAGCUUGGAAUGAUUUAUUAUUUAAAACAGGCUCGUGUGCCGUUACGCGAGUAUGAGAUCAGCAAUAACAAGAUUUCCGAUAUACAAUUACAACUCGAAAAGCUGAUCUCGAAGAAUUAUUAUUUGCACGCAUCGGCGAAGGAAGCCUUCAAGGCGUAUGUCAGAGCGUACGACUCUCAUCAUCUGAAGCAGAUCUUCGAUAUUGAGACUUUGGACUUGACAGCGGUCGCAAAAUCGUUCGGAUUUACCGUGCCACCGGCGGUGGAUUUACAAGUGGGAGUGAGCAAGGCGACGCGGCCACGAAAGAGACUUGGCGGAGGCGGUUACGGGCACUUCAAGAACAUGAACGACCCGAGCGCCGCGAAACAGCUGCGCCGCACUAAGACCUAUCAGCAGGUAGGUAAGCGUGCGGGGGACAAGCGGCAAUUCAGCAGAUAACCAUGUCGUCCACGCGCACCUUGCAUGCGUGGAUCGCGAACGACUGCAUUGUCAUGGCGCACGGAUGCGUUCCAGCACACUCAAGGAAUACGUCGAGAGAUACGUCGGUAUCCUCUGUUACACCUGUACAGUUUGCGUUCACAAUUUCGACUUGGAAAUACAUUUUAGUGACGUUGGAGAA